AUGGUUACAACUCCUAUGAGUGCCUCUGGAAACACCAUUCUGGGACGAGACUGCUUUGAAUCCAAGUUCAGUGCCAAGUCUAUGACGGUAGACUGUUCUAAAUCCAAAGCUAUGGUGGAUGGGCAACAGGUUGCUGUCAUUGACACCCCAGGCCUGUUUGACACCAGGUUUGGCAUGGUUAAAACAGCUAAAGAUAUUUGCCAGUGUAUCAGUUACGCUGCUCCUGGUCCCCAUGUUUUCCUGGUGGUCAUCAGGCUGGGGAGAUACACUGAAGAGGAAAUGGAGACGGUUCAAAAGAUUCAAGAAAUCUUUGGCCAGGCUGGAGACAGAUACAGCAUGGUUCUCUUUACUGGUGGUGAGACCCUUAAAAUGGAGGGAACCACUAUUGAGGAGUUCUUGUCUGGAUGCCCAGAGCUGCAGGAACUCGUGAACAGAUGUAACGGCGAGUACCAUGUCUUCAAUAAUAAGCUGAAGGAUCCCUCUCAGGUCACUGAGCUGCUCCAGAAGAUCAGAGAGUUAGUCCAGAAGAAUGGAGGAGGCUACUACACCAACGAGAUGUUCCAAGAGGCUGAGGGCCUCAUUGAAGAAGAGAAACAACGUAUCCUGAAAGAGAAAGAAGAGGAAAUACAAAAAGAAAAAGAGCAGCUGGAGAGGAAACUACAGGAAAAAUAUGAGAAAGAGAUGCAGAAAAUCCAGAAACAAUUCUAAGAAGAGAGAGAGAGGGAGAGGAAGGAGAGGAAGAGGGAGAAGCAGGAGAUGAAUGAGGAGAAAACAAGGGAAAGGGGAGAGAGAGAGUCUGAGAAAGAGAGAGAGAAAGAGGACAGAGAAAGGGAAAGGGUGGAGAGAGAGUCUGAGAAAAAGAGAGAGAAAGAGGAGAUGAUGAGCAUGAUGACUAAAUUAAAGGAACAGCAUGACAGAGAACUGACAGAUGAAAGAUCUAAGAUACAGAGCAUGUUUGAAAAUGCAGCCAGAGCUCAAGCUGAGGAUUCAAAUCCAUUUCAUCUUCUGAUGAAAGUUGUUGAAGCAAUAACUGAAAUACUGGCAAAGGCAAUUUUUGGCACGAUCAUAUAGGAGCAGGAUCAUAUAGGAGCAGGAUCAUAUAAAAUAUAAAGAUGAGAGACUACAGAACAUUAUCAUUAUCGUAGUUAAUGAUUUUAGUAGCUGAAGUAGUUAUACUGUGGGUCAGAGAGGCUAAGUCACUCAUGAUAGUAUAAUAUCACAUUCCCACCUAGUGUUGAAACAUGAUUUAAAAUAAAGUCUAAGGAGAUGUGUAGGUUUAAAAAAAAAAAAUUGUUAAGAUUUGAGUUUGUUUUAUUUUAAAUGACCAUUGUUGAUUUUCAUUUUUUAAAUUCUCUUUUAA